AUGGCGAACCAAGGGGAAAUCGGGGGCAAUUUCCCAAGUCUUAAUGAUGGUGUAGAGGCAGAAUGCACAGUCAGGGUGCAAGAUGUUCUCACUUUGCCCGUUACGGAAAUCGAAAAGUUCUGCCGCGACACUGGGACUGCAAUUCCGCUGUUCAUUAAGACUGUCUGGUUGAUUGUCAUGUGGCCAUUUCUGGAAAUUGACCGUAUAUGCAUUGGUUAUCGGGACUAUCGCGAUAGCCCCCCACACCGGGCUUCAGGCCCGGAGAAAGUCAUCCAGUCAGGCAUACUACCUGAUAUUUCAGUGAUGAAGCUGCUCGAGUCGGAUAUCGGUACAGAAUCAGGGAAUCUCUGUGAUGAGUGCCCCCCAGCUCAUAAUACCGCCAUUGCCCUGAUUCGAGAGAUUUCCGAGUCUGAUCGAUCAGAAUUACUGAUAGAGGCCGAGAAGUGGAACUAUAGCAUUGCGCUGGUGGGUGAGGUAGACGAGGUGUCAGCUUUGGUCAGACUAUCGCUAGUCCACAAAAGUUCAACCCUUUCUCCAUGCCUCGCCGAAAACAUCUCGUCCACCGUCUUGCAGGUCAUACAGGAAAUUUUGGCCGACAGUCAUAGACGCAUCAUGGACCUGAGCCUAUUCAGCUCAUCGAAUCGCGACCAUGUUCUACGGUGGAACCGUAAAGAUAACCGGGGUCCAGCGGUAUCUUUGAUUGAGCAGGUCCAUCAACACGCGUGCGAGCGUCCGCAUCACCCAGUCAUCUGUGCGUGGGAUGGGGUGCUAUCGUACUCUGAGUUUGACUCCCUGACAACGCGGUGGGCCAGCUAUCUUCAAGGCUUGGGUAUUGGGCCACAAUGCAUGGUUCCCAUGAUGAUGACCAACUCUCAGUGGAUGACCGUGGCAGAAAUCGCUAUCAUGAAGGCCGGUGGCACUUAUGUGCCCCUUGACUCAACCCAACCAUUCAAGAGACUGGAGGACAUCAUUACACAGGUAAACGCUACAUUCGGGAUUUCAUCUCCGGACCUUGAACCGGUGUUAUCAAGUCUAGUUGGCGUAGUCGUUACCCUAUCCGCAACAACAACACUGAGGCUGCCACCUGUUAAGGCGGAUUUCAAGUGGCCAGACAUUACCCCCGACACCAAGGCGUAUGUGUUAUUUACAUCCGGUAGUACUGGAAGGCCCAAAGGUUGCGUUGUCUGCCAUGGGGCGUUGGGAAACUCGAAGUACCACUCACAGGCACUGAGAAUUACAGCCCAGAGUAGGGUAUUGCAAUUUGCCUCACACGGCUUUGCAGUGUCUCUACUGGAGGUGCACUGUUCCCUGGCGGUGGGCGCCACGAUUUGCAUCCCGUCGAAGGAAGAUCGCCUGAACGGUCUUAAUAGCGCGAUGGACUCGAUGCGGGUCAGCUGGGCGGUGCUUACUCCCUCGGCAGCAUUAUCCCUCGCCACACCCCUGGAGUCAUUGAAGACACUCGCCCUAAUUGGAGAGCCGAUGCGUAAUGAUUUGUUCCGCAAGUUGGCAGACGAGGUAGAAGUGAUCUUAGUAUACGGAUCCACAGAAUGGGUGGGUUUAUGUGCCUCUCAUCCCAUUCGUUCCCAGAUCGAUAUCAAAUGCAUUGGUCCUUCGCCAACAGGAAAUCUUUGGCUGGUAGAUCCCACAGAUCACAAUCGACUGGCCCCUGUCGGUGCCGUGGGUGAAGUGCUGAUUGAGAGUCCAGGGCUGGCACAAGGGUAUCUCAACAAUGACUCCCAAACGGCAGCUAACUUUGUUGAUGCCCCUGCCUGGCUUCAAAUGAUAGGCUCUGGAGCAUACCCCGGGGCGCGAUUUUACAAAACGACCGACUUGGCCCAGUUUUACGCCGAUGGUAAGAUCAGAUACGUCGGCCGCAAAAGUACCCAGGUGAAGAUCCGCGGAAAAAGGCUCGAUCUGGGGGAAAUCGAGUAUCAAAUCCAGCAGAUUAGCCCAUCGAUAGAGAAGGUCAUAGCGGAAGUUGCUAGCCCGAAGGGCAGCGAGACACCGAUUGUGGUUGCGUUCUUGUACUCCCAGGACCAGGAAGCUCUGUUGCUACACUUCCACGCAUCUGUGGAUGCGAUCAAAGAGAGCCUGGAGAAGACAUUGCCCGAUCAUAUGUGGCCGAGCAUAUAUGUCCCACUCGAAUCUGUUCCAUUGACCAGAACUGGCAAGACUGACCGAAAAGCACUCCGUCAUAUUAUUUCUGCCUCUAGUCGCCAAGAUCUCCAGAACGAUCAAAUACCGGCCUCUCCUACCGUGGCACCAGUGACAGAACUGGAAAUCAAACUUCAUCAGCUCUUCGCGGAAACUAUGCAUAUUGACCCAUCUUCCUUUGGCAUAAACCAUAGUGUCAUACAACUUGGAGGGGACUCUAUCACCGCCAUGGGACUUGCCAAUCGUUUUCGACAGAUGAACUACAGAUUGACGAUGCAAGAUAUUCUAGAGCAGCAAACGGUGGCCAAGCUAGCCUCGCAACUGGAUGGGUACAAUAGGAAUAACGCGUCACCUACAACGUCAGUCGGUGAAGAGCAGUUUAUCAAACAGUCCUCCCAGCCAGCCAGCGAAUCUGUCCUCUGUGAAGAUUUCAUCAAUGUACUGGGCAUCAACAUCAGUAGUACAGACCGUUUCAUUGACCAUCUUGAUUCUACGACGGGUGCCAAGUUCGUUGACCAUGUUAAUCGACGCCUCGGCAUAAAUGUCACGGUCCAAGAGGUUUUCCAGUUCCCAACGAUAGCUACACUCGCAAAGUGGCUUCAAUCGCAGUGUAAAGGGCCUUCGCCAAUAUCGAAGACCCCUUAUAAUGGCCCGGUGGUACAGUCGUUUGCACAGGGCCGCUUAUGGUUUCUGGACCAAUUGCAUCCCGGCUCAACAUGGUAUGUUCUGCCAUUUGCCACACGACUUCGCGGCCAGAUCAACCUUUCUGCGCUGGAGGCAGCCUUGAAUGCAAUAGUAGAGCGCCAUGAGCCUCUCCGCACGACGUUCAAGGGCCACGAUGGAAUUGGAGUACAAGUGGUUCAUCCUUUCCAGCCCAAGGGGAUUAAGAUAAUUGAUAUGGCCAUCAGCAACAACCAGAACAUCUGGGAUGCUUUGCGAAAGGAACAACGCACUGCCUUCAACCUAGAAGUCGAGGCAGGGUGGAGGCCUCUAGUAUUUCGCCUGCGACCCGAUGAUCAUAUAUUAUCGGUUGUCAUGCAUCACAUCAUCUCCGACGGGUGGUCGCUGGAUCUUCUUCAGAAGGAGCUUGAUAUCUUCUACUCUGCGGCAAUACGGGGACUCCCACUUUUCUCCCAAAUUGACCCGCUCCCAACAAAUUAUCGUGACUUUUCAGUUUGGCAACGGCAGCAGGAAGAUAAGGAUCAAUCACAAGUAGAUUACUGGGUUGGGGAACUUGAAGGAAGCAAGCCAGCUGAACUUCUCUGUGACAAGCCACGUCCCUCGAUCCUCUCCGGUGACGCUGGACUUCAAACGGUUGAUAUUCGUGGGGCACUUUACAGGAAACUACAGCUCUUCUGCAAAGCUCACCGGGUCACCGCUUACACUGUGCUGCUUGCGGCUUUCAGGGCGACGCAAUAUCGUCUUACCGGUGCUGAGGAUGUGACGAUUGGCACGCCAUUCGCCGGCCGGCAUCAUCAAGAAUUGGAGCCACUCAUUGGGUUCUUCGUCAAUCUGCAAUGUAUCCGCACGAAGGUUGAGCAUGCGGAUACGACCUUCUAUCACCUGGUUCGGCAGAUUCAGAAAAAAUCGAGCAUGGCAUUUAACAACCAAGAUGUCCCUUUCGAGAAACUUGUGUCAAGGCUAACGGAAGAGCGUGACCUUUCCCGAAACCCACUUGUCCAAAUGGUCUUCGCUGUCCACUCCCAAUAUGACUUGGGCAAGUUAGCCAUUGAAGGUGUGGAGGCUCAACGGGUGACUCUGUCAUCGGCCUCCAGAUUUGACUUGGAAUGCCACUUUUACCAGGCAGAGGACAGUUUUCGAGGGGAGAUCCUCUUUUCCCUCGACCUGUUCUACCCUGAGACCAUAAACAUGCUUCAUUUGGCUUUUAUUGACAUCCUUGAACACGGCCUAACUCGACCUACUACGCCUAUUGAUUUGAUGCCAUUUACCGACGCCAAAUCCAGUCUGGAGAAGAAUGGCCUCCUUGAAAUCCACAAAACGGAUUAUCCACGAGAGUCCAGUAUAGUCGAUGUGUUUCAGCGGCGAGUCAGAUGCUGCCCCAGCAAAGUCGCUGUCAAAGACUGCUCCACGCAGCUCACCUACCAUGAGCUGGACUUGGAAUCAGACCGUGUUGCCCUUUUUCUGACUGACCGGUCGCUGGCACCAGAAACCGUGAUUGGGGUCUUGGCAGACAGGGGAUGCGAGGUAAUAAUCGCAUUUUUGGGAAUCUUGAAGGCCAAUCUCGUCUACUUACCGCUAGAUGUAAAAUACCCAGUCAGUCGCCUGGAAACCAUCUUGUCAUCCACUCAAAGCUGCGAACUGGUCCUUCGGGGCAGUCACAUUGAGCCCCCUAGUAUGAGUCUGAGCAAUCUUCACUUUAUCUCUAUUUCAGAUAUUUUUGCUACAAUGACCCAACCUGAAAAGCCUAGUCCGCAUGCGGCGAGGACUAGCAUGCCCCGGGCCGACAGUGCCGCAUACGUUGUGUAUACAUCUGGCUCCACGGGAAUACCCAAGGGAGUUAUAAUGCCACACAAGGCAAUAGUCAGGUUGACACAGUGUACUAGUAUCAUCAGUCCUGACUCUGCUGCUGGAAACAUAGCACAUAUGAGCAAUCUUGCUUUCGACAUGUCGGUGUGGGAGAUAUACACAGCACUCCUCAACGGAGGAACAUUGGUCUGCAUCGACCCUAUGACUGUACUCGACUACAGGUCACUCGCUCAGACCUUCGUUCGGGAGAGAAUCCAAGUGGCCAUGAUAACGCCAGCUAUGCUUAAACAGUGCUUGAUUGAAUCCCCGUCCAUUAUCAGUCAGUUGGACAUCCUGUUUGCCGCAGGAGACCGUCUGGAUCCAUUGGAUGCUAUGAAAGCCCGCGCGUUGGUGCGAAGGGAGCUGAUAAAUGCUUAUGGGCCGACUGAAAACGGGGUACUGAGCACCACCUAUAGCGUUACGGAUAAAGAGGUCUACCCCCAUCGUGUUCCUAUAGGUGCACCUGUGAGCAAUUCUGGUGCCUACGUGAUGGAUCCGAGAAAUCAGCUGGUUCCUGUGGGAAUAAUGGGCGAGCUCGUCGUUACUGGAGAUGGGUUGGCUAAAGGGUAUAUUGACUCACGGCUCGAUGCUGAUCGUUUUGUGAUGUUGGAUCUCCCCGGGCAGCCAUCAAUGCGGGCCUACCGGACCGGGGAUCUUGCUCGAUAUCGGCCCACUGAUGGCCAGCUUGAAUACCUUGGUCGCAUGGAUCACCAGGUGAAAAUACGUGGCCAUCGCGUGGAGCUGGAUGAGAUCGAUCAGUCUAUGCUCGCUUACGGCUUUAUCAAGCAUGCUGUUACAAUUAUUCGACAAGAAAAAGCUGCAGAUUCAGAGUUGGUCAGUUUCAUCACACUUCGUGAAGGCGAGGACUUGCACUUGGCCGGAGAUUUAGAGAUCCAGGACGGGGCCCAGAAAGUAAACGCCUGGGAAGAUCUCUUCGAUACAAGCAUAUAUGGUCUUUCCCGUCUUCGAUCCAGUAAUCUUGGAAGGGACUUUGUCGGGUGGAAGUCAAUGUAUACCGGUGAGUUGAUUGAGAAUGCGGAGAUGAAUGAAUGGCUAGACGACACUGUUGGUGCCCUUCUCAAUGGGGGCUCAGCUGGCCAUGUCUUUGAGGUCGGGACAGGCACUGGCAUGAUUCUGUUCAAUAUCAUCGCGGGGCUAGAGAGCUAUACUGCGCUUGAGCCAUCAGGCACGGCAGUCGAUUUUGUCCAAGCAUCAGUCACAACCAUUCCUGGUCUACAAGGAAAGGUCCGGUUGCAAAAAGGGAUAGCCGACAAUAUCACCCAGCUUGACAGAUCUGGCUCUGUCGAUGUGGCCGUCAUCAACUCUGUGGCGCAGUAUUUUCCAUCCACUGAUUAUCUGCUCAAGGUUAUCGAGGACCUUGUGUGCUUGCAAGGGGCCAAACGCAUCUUUCUUGGUGAUGUACGGUCAUAUGCGCUGUACGAGGAAUUUCAAGUGAGCAAGGCCUUGGCCAAUAGUACGCCGAGAUUGCCCACCAUAGACGAUAUUCGAUCACAGAUGGCGGAAACCGUUCACUUGGAGGAGGAGCUCUUAAUACACCCAGCCUUCUUCACCUCCCUGCCAAGUCGCUUCCCGAAGCUUAUUGAGCAUGUGGAAAUCCUACCCAAGCGUAUGGUAGCCACCAACGAGCUCAGUUGUUAUCGCUAUGCUGCCGUCCUACACACGAAGCAUCAACAGGCCCAGCCGCGGAACAUUCACGACGUGGAAGAGCGUCAAUGGCUUGACUUUAUAGCGCAGAAGAUGAACCACGCGUCUCUCUUGGAAUAUUUGCAGGAGCAAACUAAUGAUACAUCUGUGGUCGCAAUAAGCAAUAUCCCUUACAGGAAGACUCUCCUGGAGAGACUUAUAGUAGACCUGUUAAGGGGUCGCUUGGCCCAACGGGUUGGGGGACCUGGCUGGGUUGAGUCGCUCAAUGAAAUGGCCAAGCGCAUUCCGUCCCUCUCACCACUCGAUCUAAUGAGGCUGGGGAAGCAGUCUGGCUUCCACGUCGAAAUUAGCUGGGCCCGACAGCAUACACAACGCGGUGGGCUGGAUGCCAUUUUCCACCGCAUUCAGCCUGAUCGCACUGGGUCAAGGGUGCUGUUCCGGUUCCCAACUGACCACUAUGGACGGUCUGUUCGGCAAUUGAGCAACAACCCACUACAACAGGCGUCUAAUCGAGACAUAGGGAAGUGGGUACGGAAGACCCUGGAAAAGACAUUACCGCCGUAUAUGGUUCCUAGAAUGGUCAGGGUAUUGGAGCAGAUACCUGUCAACAGCAAUGGGAAGGUUGACCGCAGGGCUCUAGCAAACAUGGUCACUGUCUCUGCAUUCCAUAACACUAUGACAGCCAGAGCAGACCCGCAGGAUGAUGUGGAACGAGCAUUGCUUGCCAGAUUCACGAAGGUGCUUGGCAAAGAUAUCGGCAUUUCUGAGAGCUUUUUUGACCACGGAGGGCACUCUCUGACUGCGAUAAAGUUAGUCAAUGGAAUCAACCAAGACCUCCAUACAUCCCUGACGGUCGGUGAUAUUUUUGAGUGUCCGACAGUUACCGGCCUGGCGGCAAAGAUUAGAGCCCGGGCAGAUUUACAUGAAGGAGUCAACUUUCGCAAUAUGACUCCUGACUCCGCGCCAUUUUCACUCAUUGGUGGCAGUAUCUCAUCGAAUGUUUCCCGCGAGCUCGUCAAAAUGGGACUGAGUGCUACUGAUGUGAUGGAUAUAGUACCCGCGACGGACGUGCAAUCCUGGAUGCUGGCUGGGUGGACCCCAGUCUCCAUAAGCUUCGAUAUCCACGGCAGCAUUAACGUGGGUGACUUGAGAACAGCAUGUCUUGCGGUGGCACAAAGGCAUAGUAUCUUACGCACUGCCUUCACCAAACUCGAAGGGAAAGAUGUUCAGGUUGUUUUACGAGCUACCGACAUACCAUUUACGCACAAGCCAAUCGCCGGUGGCUGUUCUGAUGAGACUCACUCUGGGCCAUCACCUAUGUUCUCAAAGCUACCCACAAAGUUUGAGCUCGUUUCUCGGUCACCGAGAGACCACUCAUUUUCUAUAUGGCUGUCUCAUGCUCAAUACGACGGGUAUUCGCUUCCGCUCCUCUUCGCCGAUAUGCGGUCGGCUUACAAUGACCGCUUGCCCUCUCUACCCAUUGCAGCCCCCUUCGCAGAUUACAUAUAUGGUUGUGCACGCCUCCGCUCGCCAGAUUCGCUUGGUUUCUGGAAAAACUAUCUGCAGGGCGCUCGUUUGACUACUUUGCCAAACACGACCUUGCGGGGAGAUGAGACCGCUGCAGAUGUAAAAGCGACCGUGACUGGUGACCUUCCCACACCACUGCCUGGAAUCCCGUUGUCGAUGCUUAUCAAUGCAGCAUACGCGUUCAUAUUGGCAGAUACAAUCAAUACCCCGGACAUAACCUUCAUGUUGGGUCUAAACAACCGUGAUCUACCCAUCACAGGAGUGGAGGGUAUCCUCGGACCGUGUAUUAACCGAAGCCUCAUCCGAGUGCAAUGGCAGCAGGGCUGGACAGUCCGUGAGCUUUGUCAGAGUGUACACGACAAUUACACCGCGAUUUCCCGGUACGGCUUCAUCGAACUCCCCGACAUCAUCGCCAACUGCACCGACUGGCCUGUUGGGACUGAGUUCGGCUGCGGGAUAAACCAUUUCCCUGCACUCAGCAAGCCUUCGUUCUCAUUCAAUGACGCCGAAGUCUCGAAUUUCUCAAUGACUGGACAGGUUGAUAUGACCAAUCACCUAUACGUUCGUUCAUUCGUUGGUGAGGAAACCUGGCAACUACAGGUGCUGACGUCAAGCAAUAUGAUGAAUCCAGAAGAUGCUUCUGUGUUGGCUUCCAGGAUUCUGGAUAUCGGGCACAAGUUUUCACAGUACCCAGAAACAUCCUUAUCGUCUUUGGUAUUGCGUUAGGCUUGUGCUUCUCUUUCAGGACACCUGUACGGAACUGUAGAUACGUUUGAUGUCAGAGCACUAUGACGAAUGUGAAAUAUAUGGGGUGUUUU